AUGAAGCCGUCAGGAGGAGCCGCGUCGCUGAGCAAGAGCCACUCGCUCUCCUCACACGAUGCGUCCGAGAAGUUUCAACAACCCCCGCAAAAUUCCUCCCGUGCCGUCCUCCAUCCCUCGAGAGUGAAGCAGUCCGGAGGAGCCGCGUCGCUCAGCAAAAGCCAUUCCAUCUCCUCGUUCAUCGUGCUAGAUGCUCCCUCCCUUCACAAUAGUCACAGUAAAUACAAGCACGAUCGCGGCCCGUCGUGGUCUCUCCUCGUUCUUGCCUGCGCGCUCACCGCGAUCGUGUCCAGUCUCGCGGGGUCCUACACUUCGUACGCGCUAACGAGGAAUUCGUUACAGUUGACGGAUAUUUCCGUUCCUGCUUACUCGUCUAACUCCUUCGACCCCACCGCUGGAGAGUCCACUGUCACUCCCCCUGCCGUCACGACCGCCGUCAAAACCGCCGGGGAAGCCGCCGUUGAAUCCGCCAUCACCCAUUCCAGCGAGGCCAGAAGAAAUCAAAGGGCAGAAGACGACGCGGUGCCGCUGUACUCGCCAAAAGCGUCCCUGUUAUCGCGCUACGCGGACCUCAUCGGUCCGAGCAGUCGCGGUCGCGGCGCCGGCGCUGGGAGCGGAAGUCGCGGCGGGAAUCACGAGGCUGACUGGAUCCGGCGUUUGGUUGAGUCAGCAAAAGUCAACGGCAGUUUUCCCGGUCAGCACAGACCGAGCGCGGUGCCACUCGCAGCCGUGAAUGACGGGCAGAAGCGGAACGAGUCAAUGGUUGUUCUUGUAACGGGGGCUGCCGGAUUCAUCGGGUCGCACCUCGCGCUUGCUCUUAAAAAGGAGGGUCACGGGGUGGUGGGUCUGGACAAUUUUAAUGACUACUAUGAUACGACCCUGAAGGAGGCGCGCGCGGCGCGGCUCUGGUCUGCAGGGAUUGAGAUUAUCCGAGGUGACUUAAAUAACGGCACGCUUCUGGACGCGCUGUUCGCUACAGUCACAUUCACCCACGUGGCGCAUAUGGCGGCACAAGCGGGAGUUCGGUACGCUUUGGAGAAUCCGAAAUCCUACGUGGACAGCAACGUCGCAGGGUUCGUGAAUCUGCUGGAGAGGUGUCGCAGGGUUCCUGUGCGACAGCCUGCGAUCGUCUGGGCGUCGUCCAGCAGCGUGUACGGGGUGAACCGCGAGGUUCCUUUUUCGGAGUCGCACAGGACUGAGCGACCGGCGAGCCUGUACGCUGCGACGAAGCUGGCUGGCGAAGCGAUCGCACACUCGUAUAAUCACAUCCACGGAUUGUCACUAACAGCGUUGAGAUUCUUCACGGUAUACGGGCCAUGGGGACGACCCGAUAUGGCGUAUUUCUUUUUUACGAAGAAUAUAUUGGAAAAGAAGGCGAUUGAAGUGUACAUGGGAGCCAAUGGGACCCUUGUUUCUAGGGACUUCACCUAUAUAGAUGACGUCAUCAAAGGCUGUGUCAGCGCCCUCAAAACAGCUACACCCAGCACGGGCGUCCAAGGCAAGAAGACAGGUCCGGCGCAGCUUCGGGUGUUGAACCUUGGGAAUACGCAGCCGGUUUCCGUGCCUCAGCUAGUUGACUAUCUACAGUUACAUCUGAAGGCGAAGGCGUUGAAGCGGACAGUGCAGCUGCCUCACAAUGGGGAUGUGCCUUUCACGCAUGCAAAUGUGUCACGAGCCGAGCAUGAGCUAGGGUAUCACCCUACAGUAAGACUCAAGGAUGGUCUACAAAAAUUUGUAGAAUGGUACUUGAGAUUUUAUGGGAGAGGUGGUAAGAAGCAGGUGGAAGGGGAGAAGUUGCAAGGAAGAGGUGGGGCAGGGUCAAAAGGGAAAGGGCAGUUUGGCUUAGAUAAAGCAUCAUUAUAG